CCACGGAGACGCGCCCCCGCCUUGCCGGUAGUCGCCAUGGAGACGCGAGACGCCGCCGUCAGCGAUGGACGCCACUCAGAGGCCGCUGCGGGUGCCGACAGACCUGGAGGUCUACGCCGAGGCGCAUGGCCUCUUCGAUCUCUGCAAGAAUCUACUGGAGCAGGUGCUUAUACACAAGCCCGACGACCCCAUCCAGUUUUUCAUCGACGCCAUCAACCGCGAUAACCAGGAUGUGCCAAGGAUCCUACUACUGGGGCCUCCUGCCUCUGGCAAGACCACGAUUGCAAGGCUUGCGUGCGAGAGGCUUGGAGCGGUGCACGUGAGCAUGGACAGACUGGUCGCCAACACAGGCUCGGACUUUGCGGCAGAAGUGAGACGGCUGAAGGAAACCGGCCAGGAAGUGCCGCCCCACCUGUGGGUGAGACUCGUGCGGGACAGGCUCAUGGAGAACGACUGCACCAACCAGGGCUGGCUGAUUGAAGACUUCCCUCAGACGCGGCCACAGGCCCUGCUGCUGCAGGAGAAGGGAAUCGCCCCUCGUCACGUGGUCAUGCUGGAUGCCCCCGACGCCGUGCUCAUAGAACGCAACCAGGGCAAGCGCGUGGACCCGCUCACCGGAGACGUGUACCAUGCCACCUUCGCCUGGCCCAAUGAGCCGAGCGUGCGCGCCCGCCUGCUGGCGCCGCCGGGCAUCUCCGAGGAGCGCACGGCGGAGCGGCUGCGGCGCCACCGCAGGGACGCGUGGGCUGUCGAGGCCUGCUACCCCAGCUGCCUGCGCAGCGUCAACGCCGACCAGCCGGCGCCCGACCUGCUGGCACAAGUGCUGACCCUGGUGGCGGAGCGCGAGCGGCCUCUGGGGCCCGGCACGGCCCGCCUGCUCCUCCUGGGGCCCCCCGGCAGCGGCAAAGACCUCCAGGCCUCGCGUCUCGCCCUCAAGUACGGCCUGCUCAACGUGUCGUACAGGAAGCUGCUGUUGGAGGCCGCGGCCGGUGAGAGCGCGACGGGCCAGGCGGUUAAGAUGCACCUCGAGAGCCGGCGACCAGUGCCGGACCUGCUGGUGGCUCGGCUGCUGGCGGAGCGGCUGAGGAGGCGCGAUGCGACGGCGCGGGGCUGGGUGCUGCACGGGCCGCCGCGCGUCGCCGAGCAGCUGGCACUGCUGCAGUCCGACGGCAUCUUCCCCAACCGGGUGUUCAUCCUCGACGUGCCGGACGACACGGCCGUGGAGCGCACGUCGCUGCGGAAGACGGACCCCGUGACGGGCGAGCGGUACCACGAGAUAUUCCGCCCGGCCCCAGACGGCGCCGUCUGGGCCCGCUGCCGCCAGCACCCGCGCGACUCGGAGGCCGAGGUGCGCGAGCGCCUGCGCGAGUUCCGCUCGCUGGUGGCACCCGCUCGGCUCCUGCAUCCGCGCGCCGUCCUCGUCAACGCCGACAGAGACCCCCACACCGUGCUGGAGCACUUGGAGAGCCGCCUCGUCAAUGCCCUGCCCGCCAUCCCCCGCGAGGGCAACUAGCGGCUCGGGUGGGCGGGGGGGGAUCGGGGCGACUGAGUUUGCAGAAUUGACUCGUGGCUGUCAAGAGUAGGCGAGUGAUGGGGAUGACCCGGAGGAUCGGGUGAUUGGCAGGUUGCUCAACGGGAUGACCAGUGACUCGCCAACACGGUGAUGGGGAAGUAAAGACGAUGGCCAUCAGCUGAAGGGGGUGAUCAGGGACUCGGGGGGUGAGAUGUUAACUCCCUCGCCUGGUAUGCAAGAGGUCGUGGGUUCGAUCCUGACGCCUGCUGCUGUAUAUUUGGAGUUUGCGUAUCUCUUUCCCUGUGGU